GCUCCCACCAACAACUCACACCCGACGAUGACCACCACCGAACCUCUCGUCCGCGUCGGCAUCGCAGCCUUCGUCUUCAACGCCUCGGGCCAAAUCCUCCUCGGCAAAAGAAAAGGCAGCCACGGUGCAGGAACCUGGGCCCUCCCCGGCGGGCAUCUCGAAUUCAACGAAAGCUUCGAGACCUGCGCGGCGCGCGAAAUCAAAGAAGAGACGGAUCUCAACGUGGAAGGAUUCCGCACUCUAGCUCUCACCAAUGACAUCAUGAGACGUGAGAAUAAGCACUACGUGACGGUGUUUUUGGGGUGUGUGGUUUGUGAUAAGGAUGUUGAUGUUGUGCCGAAGAUAAUGGAACCGGAAAAGUGUAAUGUGUGGGAAUGGACAAGUUGGGAGGAUGUUAGAGUGGGGUUCGAGGAGGAGGAGGAGGAGGGUGGUGAUGAGGUGGAUGGGUUGAUGAUGGAUAGGGAUUCGAGGAGGAGGCUGUUUACGCCGAUUUUGAAUUUGUUUCGUCAGUGGAGGGGGUUUGAUCCGGUGGUUAGUUAUGAGGGUGGUGGGGUUAGUGGGUAA